GAAGGUGUUGAUUUGUACAUUUGUGUUGCUGUGUCCGAAACACUUCCAGUGUCCCAAUUGGAUCGCCUUUGACUUAUCCUGGUGAUCACAUGAUUAAAGCCAGAUGCUGAUUGGUUAGUCUUUGUAACUCAAAAGUCUGGCACAGCUCAGUGUGGACAGUCUAAGUAACAGUAGGAAACGGACAAGAGAUUUUGAAAUAUCAGAAGGGAAUUGCUGUUGGAAGGUUCUUGGGAAUUUGUGGAAACUGGAGAGAAAUCAAACAAGAUGACUGAGUGACUGGGCAACAGCAAAGCAGAGAUGACCUAACCAAAGAUAUUGAGGAUACAACAGCUGAAUGAAUGUGAAAUCUUUAACUAACAAAUAAAGCAAAAGGAGGACAUCUCCAACAGAGAACCAAAGCAACACAAACCAAAAGAGGAUAUACAAGCAAAUCUACACGCAAGAUACCACAGAGAAGCAACUGAAAAGGGAAAAAGAGAAAAUGAAGUUAGAGGCAUCUUUAGAGGACAUGAGUGAGUGGAGGGAGGUGGACUUUGCACUAAGCUGCACCUACAUCGUCCACGACCAGGCAUCCGAACCCAGCUUCAGCAUUCCUAAAGCCAUGACCUCCAUUCCACGGAACCUCACCUUCCAGUACAGCGCUGACAACCAGGUGACUGGAGUUUUCAGCAAAGAGUACAUACCUCAAGGUACACGAUUCGGACCUCUUCAAGGAGUCAUUUACACCAAAGAAAAUGUGCCUCUUCAGACCAACAGGAAAUAUUUUUGGAGGAUCUACAGUGGUGGACACCUACACCACUUCAUUGAUGGCUAUGAUGUCCACCGCAGCAACUGGAUGCGGUACGUCAACCCGGCACGAUCGCUGGCCGAACAGAACCUGGUGGCCUGUCAAAACGGCCAGGAAAUCUUCUUCUACACCAUUCAGCCCGUGGAGCCCAAGCAGGAGCUGUUGGUGUGGUACAGUCCGGAGUUCUCCCAGAGAUUGAGCAGCCAGCAAGAGCAACCAGACAGUCUGAAGCCAAAGUACAUACCUGAUUUUGAGUAUCAGAAGCAGCCCCUACCUCAGUACACCUACUACCCUAAACAGCCCCAGAGUCCACGCAAACUUCAAAGUGAGGGACAGGAAGAUGAGGUGGAUGAAAAGAUUGAUGUAGAGGUUAUUGAGAGGGACACGCCACCUGACACACCGGAUGAACAGGUCGUGGAUUUCAGCAAAAAGGUCCACAACACUGUUUCGCCACAGCCUGUCGAUUCUCCACAUCCCAACCAGAAAGAAAUGAACAUAAGCAUUCACCCAUAUCCCACCCUGUCCCCACCGCAAGACCUUCCACUCCACUUGCACGGCCUCUAUGGUCAUCGAGAAGGUCUGAUCUCAUACCCUUCAUUGCCCUCACCUAGACCUUUGCAAGCUCCAUAUCCCUUAUUGCCACCAUACAGUCCUCAUUAUUCACGUCUACUAUUGCCUCCAUACUCCCCUCCCUUCCCCUCUAUGCUGCCCUCAAAAGGGGGUCUUCGGUACAAUAGAUUCCUGGGUAGUGAUGGCUUGCCCUACCCUUCCGUACCCCAACCAGGUCUGUUACCAGCUACACUGCCCUAUCCUGCCUCUCUUCAUGGAGGUCUGAAGGAAAGAAUCCCAAAUACUCCACUACGAGGAGCCCCUGCAACACCAGAACUCUCCCCACAGCCAAAGCAAUCGCCUCAGCAAACGUUCCAGAAGCCACUCUCUGAAUGUGAAGAGGCCAUCAACCUCAGCAUGUCACCUUCAUCCUCGUGCUCUCCUCCAGCACCUGGGUACAAGUCUCUCCCAUACCCACUCAAGAAGCAAAAUGGCAAAAUCAAGUAUGAAUGCAAUGUCUGUCUCAAGACCUUCAGUCAACUGUCCAACCUCAAAGUGCACUUGAGGGUCCACAGUGGAGAGAGGCCAUUCCAGUGCAACUUGUGCAAAAAGAGUUUCACCCAACUCGCCCACCUACAGAAACAUCACUUGGUCCACACAGGCGAGAAACCACAUGAGUGCCAGGUGUGCCACAAACGCUUCAGCAGCACCAGCAACCUGAAAACCCAUCUACGCCUGCACUCCGGGGAGAAGCCAUAUCAGUGUAAACUGUGUGGGGUGAAGUUUACCCAGUACAUUCACCUCAAACUCCACCGUCGGCUGCACAGCUCUCGUGACCGGCCCCACUCCUGCCAAGCCUGCACUAGAGGCUUCAUCCAUCACUUCUCACUGAACCUCCAUCAGCGUUCCGGCUUCUGCCCCGCCGUCCGUCCUGAAAUCCCAGAGCUGAGGCAAGCAGCAGAGAUGGUAGAGCGCUUUGAUGCCAGUCAGGAGGCCGAGGCUCUUCCUGAGAGUUCUGGAGAGGCUCAGGUUGAUGCUGCCUUGGAAGAAUGGUUGGCUAGAAGUUUGGAGAGCGGUGAAGGGAAGGAGGACAUUGGAUUCCUCAAGGCUUUUGCUGUAGUACCUCAUAAGGUAACCGCCAUGGGUCAUUACCAAGAGAGAGCCAGCGUGGUACACUUCAACCACCGGCCCUCUAUAAAGACUGAGUAGAUGAGAGAAAAUGUUCAAAGGAUGACAUAUAGCUUGCUCAGGUCUUCCAAAAACUCCAAAAUUUGCUAUCUAUGCACAGAGUAUUCCCUAUUUGACACCAAAAAUCCUCUCUUCCCCUGGUAGUUUGAGGGAUAAAUCCAAGAGAAGAUGCCUAAACCAAGCCAAUGAAAGCCGCACCAAACAAAUAGUGUUUCCAAAGACUUGAAGAUUAUGUCAAGUGAUUGCACUUCUACCCUCUGACCUAUUAUAUAAUUAAGAUGUGAUUAUAAUGUCCUCAUAAUUCAUCUGGUUUCCAAACUGAUGUGAAAGUCUAUUUGUGUGAGUUUGUCUUAACUUAUUGUUUUCGUUUUGUUUUUUUCGUAUUUGAGCACUGUAUCAAAUGUUUUAAUACUUGUUUAUAUGUGUCCUUCUCUUUUUUAUGUUUUCUUUAAACUUCUUUAAUUCUUGAAAAAAAAAAUACUGGGAUUCUCAGGAAUAAUAUGUUAAUCCCACUAUGGACACUAUGUGACAGUUCCAAAAGGACUGGAUUUUCCCGUCCAUUCCAUUUAUUGUGGAUGUGAAUGUGUACAGUCUGAGUAUGUGUGUAUGAUUUUACCUGGUGAUA